AUGAUCAUGGAAGUGAAGAUAUCAAGCUUGUUUUGAUGUUUUUUUUGCUGUAAAAAUUUGUAUUAAAAAAUAAAACGGCACAACCAGUUUCGGUCACGGUCCGCGGUCCGCGACCCUAAUUCAUGAGUAAGAAAAAUACGAAAAAUUGAAAAACCAAAUUUUUGUAACAUAACUACUCAAAAUCUUAAAUCUACUAGCAAAUUAAAGUACAUGAGCUGCCCGCUUACUUAUACAAGAAUGAGCUAACUAAAGACAGAUUCAUUGGAUUUAUUGUGUGUGAUUAGCGCGCGGCGCGGCUGACCACGGAAACGCCAAAUGACAUCGGGCACAUAAUGCCUUUUGAUAAAAAGCUGUCUUCUUGCUCUCUCAAAAACUGCAUCCAUUCCAUAUAAAUAUAUUGACUAUUUUAAAAAGCGGUUAUUACUAUGUAUGUUAUUCAAAUUUAUUAAUCGUACAAAAGUGCACAAAAGAGAGCCCUAAUAGCUAUGGCAUUCAUCAAGUAAAUUCAUUGUCUACUUGAAUACUUAAUUUGGAUAUAUAGGCUAAAUUAUACAUUUUAUAGUUUUAAGCUUUUGCAAAAUAAGUAAAAAAAACGAGAUUAUACUAAUUAUUUAGAGUGGAAAAUUCGCCCAUGUCGCAAAACUGAUUUUCUAGCACACUUUUUCAAAAGCUCGUCAUUAUUACUACAGCAUUUAAUAUUUUUUGUUAAUGCGUUAAUAACAUAACUUGACCUUCGUGAGCCCACGCCCCUGUAAAGUAUGUAACGCCUUGACACUUAUCUUUUACGGGUUGCCUAAAUCAGGUCUGAAUGGGCCCCUUUCGGUCAGUGGGCCCGUGGAAACGUCCACAUUUCCGCAUAGGAGUUUCGCCACUGGCAUUAAAUAUUCUCGGUAUCAUAGCAGCAGGACUGUCUUUUGAUAUUUGCAGUCUGCAUGAGACUUCAACAAGAUCUUCCCGACUAACAUUAUUCUGGUUAUGUCGCGUAACUCUCCUGUUAUCUGUAGUACCAGUACUUUACUUUUUGAACAUUUGGCGAUUUCUCACUAGGAACUUAAGAUUCAAGAUUUGUUUAUUUUGUUAAGCAUUAUAUACCACAUAAUAUACAUAGCAAUAACAGCUUUUUAAAAUAAGUCAAUAUACAUUACUAUUUAAACGAUAAAAUUCGUUCAGGUCAUAGAAUUGAUGUUCUAGCUUUCACCAUUUUUACAAGAGCCUCGUCAUUUUCAAGGACUUUUAAAGAUUUAGGUAAUGCAUUAAAGAUUCUGGGGAUCAUAAUUUCUGGGUUUUCUACAGAUUUCUUGAGCUUAACUUCUUUCACAACCAAAUCGUUGCAGCAAAGGUUAGUCUGAUUAUGUCGAGCUACUCUCCUCGUAUCUACACUAUCACUAUAUUUCCGAAAUUGAUUUCUGUUUUGCACUAAGAAUUUUAUACAUUCAAGUAUAUACAACGAUGGGACGGUCAUGAUAUUAUAUUUAACAUGACCGUGCCAUCGUUGCAUAUUCAAGAAUACAUUCAAGAAUAAACAAAUACAACACCGUUAGUAUUUCGUAUUUUCUAUAGAUACCAGUGCUUCAUCAAGUCAAGUCAAAGUACCAUUUCCCGUGUAGUAAAUGCCAGCAAGAGCACGCAAGAUUCUCUGCUUGGACUACAAACUAUUUGCGAAACUUUAGUCAUAGAAUAAUGAAGACAUGCUGAAUCGAUAAUCGAUUUGAUAUCUCAGAAAAAUCUUAAAAUUUUCUUCAUGCCUAAAAAGUUAAAUUUUUAUUUUUCUCAAUUUUUUACAGUCAUAUGUACUGUUGCGAAAAGUAAGAACAUGUCUUUAACUACAACUUUCCUAUCAAGUUUUUCUUUCCAAAAAGUCACAAUAUUAAAUUAUUAUUGUUUCUUUAUUGUAUUAUGGAAUGUAAUCACAUGUAAUGUCUCCCGUGCGACCCACCCAUUUACAAUUAUGUCAAAUGAAACAUGUACAGCAGGGGGAAAAAGGAAAUUAACAUAUUUACAAGAUAUUUUUGUAAUUUAUAUAUUCCUCCUCAGAACUUGUGAAAACUAACAAACUUUUUUAACAAGCCCACAAACUGAGGGAAUCUCAACGCCAAUCGAAGAGAUACAUGCAAAUUAUUAUACAAACGCGACAAGCAAAGGAGCGCGGAUUUUGCCGUCUGGACUUAUCAUUGCCUAAAGUACCGUUCAAAAUAGAACACGCCGCAACAGUUCUAUUCAACGCAUUGGAAAUAAAUGCAUUGUUAGAAGCUCUAAUUUCCGCCUGCAGCUGCUUAUAUGCGUAUUGGUCUCUUUUAAACUGCAAUUUCUGCGGAUGCCACGCAGGCAUGCGCUUCACAACAACACUCUUUUCCAUCAAAUCGCGACGUUUUUUGACCAGCUUUAUUUUAUUUUUUCUAUUAGCUCUCACAAGUUUCACUUUUUUGGGGACAAAUUUGUUAAUACCGUCCAAGAAAGUUGUCAGAAAAGCGUCAUAUUUAUCGUCAACCGUGAUUGAGAGCGCAACAGUACGCCAGCUUUGCAAAUCCAAGAAGCCUAUAAACUCAGCAAUUCUAUCAUCCGAAAAAUUGCGAGAUUCAAUAUAUUAAUCACGCUCCUGCGGAAUAUUCAGCUUCAUUGAAAAACGUACGCCCUCAUGAUCGGAGAAAAUAUUAGACUUAGCUGCACAUUCGAAAUCAUCUAAUUCACCUGGACCGGAAAAAAUUAAAUCAAUCGACUUCGUGCUUGUACCCGAAAUUCGUGUUACCAUAUUUUCAUUCGAGAGAUGCAGCUCAAAUUUUUCAAAAAUCUUGCCUUUGUCGUUCGUCGCAACAUAUUUAUAUUAAAUUCCCCGGCUACAAAAAUCUUAGUCACCUUUUUCUUUUUAACAACAGAGAGAAUUGUGACUAACGCGUUCUCUAAAUGAGCAAAAAACUCAUCAAAGCGCUUGUUAUUUUCUGGGUUUGUCGGUCACCAAGAAGUAAAUUUUCUGCGACCCAACCUGUACGAUUGUCGCAGCCGCCUCAAAGCAAAACUCCUCACACAGAACCGGAAUAGUUAAAUCUAAAUUCUUAUUUAUUAAAACAGCCGCGCUUCACAUAAUAUAUAUGCUCAACGCGUCCAAACCCAACUGCUAAUUUAUAAUCUAAUAAUGGAAAAUUUUUAAUCUCAUAAUUAUUCAGCCAAGUCUCUGUUGUUAAAAUACAGAAUAGUCUCUAAUUAAAAUUUAGCGCAAAGUCCUUAAAACGUUUCCCUGCCGCUGCCAAACCAUGAAAAUGAAAUGGGAGUUCUUCCAACAAACCCUUUUAUAUCUCUGGUGUCCGUGGGAAUUAAAUUAUGGCUUUUAAAUAGUUAUUUCGCAACUCUUUAACUUUUAUUUUCCAAAAUAUGUUUCAUUUUCAUUAAUUUCUCAUAAUAUUUUUUCGAUCUGGCGUGAUCCGGGUCAGGGUUCAACCGAGUCGCAAUCAAAUUCGACGCUAAAAAGGAUGACAAGAACAGGGUUGACGAGCGCGCUGAUUUUAAGCACGCUCGCGCUCACGCUCUUUUCUGAAAAUUGCGCUCGCGCUCCCGCUCGCGCUCUCCAACUUUUCCUCACGCGAGCGCUCAAGCUCGCGCUCUUUACCCAAAAGAGCGCUCGCGAGCGCUCUUUUUCUGGGGUCGCUAUUUUUUAAAUGAAAUUGUUAUUUGGAUUGGUUUUCUUCAAUAUUUCUUAACGUACAAUUCUAUAAUCAUUGCUAUUUUAUGUAUGAUCUAAAAAUAUACUUAUUUCCAUUGAGUUUCAUACAAAUAUUUUUAGAAAAUUUGGAAAAUGAAAAAUUCUCUAUGUUUUUCGAGCAAUAUUUUACCAAUUUAUGGUCCCCAAAAAGAGCGUAAAUGAGCGCUCUUUUCAGCGCUCUUUUGAAAAAAACGCUCGCGCUCCCGCUCCCGCUCCCGCUCGCGGCAUGAAAAAAAUCGACGCUCGCGCUCCGCUCUUUUGAGCGCUCUUUCAGAGCGCUCGUCAACCCUGGUCAAAAAGAGAUAGGGCAAACGCAAAGGAAUGGUGCGAGCUCCAGGAUUCUAAAUGUAGAAGAAACGAGCUUUGGAGCUUUCUAACGGUGUGCAUAUUAUUGCGUGUCAAUUUAUAAUUCUGGGAGAAAUUCGCGUUUGAAAACGGUCAAAAUUUGAAAACAGUUCUUGGUCGUAUCUCAAAGCUUUGAAAAGAACACGAUCGUUCGGAGCAAAAACGGCACACCGGCGGAAAGCUCGUUUCAUGAGGAUGCCGAAAAUGCCCAUACACGUAGCAUUUAUCUCGUGAUCUAUACGGAAUAAAUAUUAUCUGAAUCUGAAUCUGAAUCUGAAUUUGCAACAAUGUGAACAAAUAAACAAACAACAGCAACAUUUUAGUCUGAUAAGCCCCAGCCGAUAAUUUCUUUUUCUUUGGCAAUUGGCUGGACUCAUAUUUUCUAUUUUUUUUUCUAAUUUAAAAAUGUAUAAAAAAAAUUAGAUUAAUCAAAAAGUUACACUGAAUUCUGACUUCUUAGGGCUUUUGUUCGUAAGAGAAAAAUUACGAGUGGAGAAUAAAUAAAUAAAUAAAUAAAUACGCAUGCGCACGAUUACAGGAUUUUAAAGUCGUUAAGGGCUAUGGUGGAGGCAUCUCUCACGUGAUGUGAAGAGACACCAUUAGCGUGCAUCUCUCACCCUUUUGUGUUACCAGGACUUCGAUUUUUUCCACGCGCGUGAAAGAAUCCAAUGAAUGAGGCUGAUUCCUACUAUCGAUCGCUGCCGAGAAAGGAGGCCGGCCCUAUAGGGCCGUGCGCCACCUGAGUAAGCAGCCCGCCCCAUCGACUCCAUCCCCGAAGAUAAAAGCACCAUCACCCUCAAACUCGAAUUCAGUUAGCAACAGAAGGAAAUAUCCAAAAAUCCCCAGCAGCAAAUCUCUGCGAAAAAUCGCGUAAAUAAAUUCAAAAUAUUAAACUUAAAUUUUGGGCGCCAGUUGUCGGGAAAUCGAGUGGCUUCCCGGAUGUUAAAUUACUUAUUUACUUUCUUAAGCAUUAUUUAUAGGGUAAAUAUAAUUAAUAGACACAAUAUUUACUUACUUUCAAAGGUUCGUUGUAAUUAAUAAGCCUUUUCACAAACAGUUAAAUUAUUUAACUUUUUGCAAAAUGAGUACUGGAGUGCAGUGUAUAAUGAGAAUAGUGUAGAUAAGAAAAGUGAAGUAUUUAUGAGUAUAUUAACAAAUUAUUUUGAAGAUUCCUUCCCAAUGAAAAAAACAGUGAAAAGAGCUACUCUUAUAUUUAUUAUUUUUUCUACUCAAGUCAUACAAAAAAAAUUGAAAUUGGAAAAAUGAGCAGAAAGGGUAUCGAAUCGGGAAAAUAAACUUAUCUGCUCAAACUAAAAACCUGAGAAAAGAAGCAUUAGAAUUAUCACAAAAGAGUAAAAUUAUACAAACCCUGAACAAAAAUCUGAAAUUAAAAAUAAAAUAAAAAUAAUGAAAUACCAGGUUGGAAAUUGUAUAAAUAAUGAGGUACGGAAGUAUAAUGAUAAAAAAAUUAAGGGAUCAAACAAUAAAUCAAAUUACCUCAAUAAUAUGUUUGUUGAAAAUACGCCAGUAAGCCCGCAUAUCCCGCCCGAUAAUAGUAACAUGAGCGAACCAUUAUAAAUUACAUCUCGAGCCUAUGUCUGACUACGAAAUAUACAGUGUACAUGUAAAUAAUGUGAAUAGUCAUGAUUGCUCGAAUGAGCUAGACUGAAAUACAAGGUGUCAGAUAAUAUUAUUAAGUUGAUAUAUUUAGCUCAUGUACAAAGUCAUAUAAUGUAUGGAAUUGUAAUUUGGGGGGGCUCCAGCCAUUUAAUAAAAGUAUUUAGAGCACAGAAAAGAGCGUUGAGAUCUAUGGCGGGCAUUCCUUACUGGAGAUCUAAUGUAGCGUUGGAUACUUGUAAAUUAACCAUUAUUUAUUUAUUCCCCAUUCGAUACAGUCAUGAAUCAUGAAUACAGCAAAAAAACCUAUACAGAAAAAGUACAGAAAAAGCUGAAAAUACAUUUUAAAAGAGACAUACUGUUAAUAAGGGGGUGAAUGGAGAAAUGGCUUUUCGCUAGCAAACAACUUGCUAAAGCACAGGACCCUCUCCUUUGAAAGAGAGUGUACCGGCCGCUAGAGCCAUUUUUUAAAUAUAAUAUAAUGACCCUGCCAUCGUUGUAUUGUAUAUACUUGAAUGUAUAAAAUUUCUAGUGCAAAACCGAAACCUAUUUCGGAAAUAUAGUGAUAGUGUAGAUACAAAGAGAGUAACUAGACUAACCUUUGCUGUAAUGAUUUGGUUGUGAAAGACGUUAAGCUCGAGAAAUAUGUUGAAAACCCAGAAAUCAUGAUCACCAGAAUUUUUAAUGCAUUACCCGGCAUUACCGAAAUCUUUAAAAGCCCUUGAAAAUCACGAGGUUCUUGUAAAAAUGGUGAAAGCUUUUGUAUUAGAACAUCAGUUCUAUGACCUGAACGAAUUUUAUCGUUUAAAUAAUGAUGAAUAUUGACUUGGAAAUGAAGAUUCGGGCUUUUCCUCGUUGCAAAAAAUUUGUCUUUAUUCAAAAACAAACGGCUCUACCAGUUUCGGUCACGGUCUGUGGUGUUUUUUCAAUUUGCUGAUUUUUUGUAUUUUUUCUUGCUCAUGAAAUAGGGUCGCAGACCGUGACCGAAACUGGUAGAGCCGUUUGUUUUUGAAUAAAAACCAAUUUUUUGCAACGAGGAAAAGCCCGAAUCUUCAUUUCCAUGAUCAUCUCCUCGAGUGUCAACUUCUUCAAACGAAUAUUGACUUAUUUUAAAGUGGUUAUUACUAUGUAUAUUAUGUGGUAUAUAAUUCUUAACAUAAUAAACAUAUCUUGAAUCUAUUCUCGCUUUCUGCAGCUUCACGUGCCACGUGAUUUCGUUGCGGGAGCCGAUUUAAAAUAUUUGCUGUAUAAUAUGCUUAAUUGGCACUUAAAACCUCUGAAAUAAAUAACAAUAUGUGAUGUUACAAUUUAAACAAAUAAACAACAUUAAUAUUUUUUUCAAUAUCAAAUAUUCUUUAGUUUAUUAACCAUUAAUUUCGAGUAGCAAUAAUAAAAUUUAAAAUAAGUCGAGGUACAAAACGGUGAAAUUCGUUUAAGUCAUGGAAUUGGUGUUGCAGUACUAAUUCAAUUCAAAGCUUUUACUUCCUUCACAAUUUCCUUGUCAUUUUCGAGGUUGAAUAGUAAUAAAAUAAAUAACUUUGCAGGAUGAUUCGCGGUAUGUCCUCAUUUAGUCAAGGGCUGUGCGCUUCCGGACAUGCCAACAUACUCAAUUUCUUAAUCAUCCUCAUCCAUGUCAGAUAUUGCUACAGCUUAGAAUUCAGUGAAAUCCUACCAGAAGACGCGCGGCUGUACGACAAAAUGCGUCCACCAAAGAAGGAUGGUGCACCGACCACCGUGUUUUUCCACGUCACAGUCAUGGGCCUGGACUCUAUUGAUGAGACCUCGAUGACGUACGCCGCGGACAUCUUCUUCGCGCAGACCUGGAAAGACCACCGCCUUCGUUUGCCAGAAAACAUGACGUCCGAGUACCGACUGCUCGAGGUCGACUGGUUGAAGAACAUGUGGCGUCCUGAUUCGUUCUUCAAAAACGCUAAAGCAGUCACCUUCCAAACCAUGACCAUUCCCAACCACUACAUGUGGCUCUACAAGGACAAGACUAUCCUAUAUAUGGUUAAAUUGACUUUGAAGCUCUCUUGCGCAAUGAAUUUUCUCAUCUACCCUCAUGACACACAAGAGUGUAAGCUGCAAAUGGAAAGCUUGUCGCAUACAACGGAUGAUAUGAUUUUCCAGUGGGACCCUGAGGUACCAUUGGUAGUCGAUGAGAGUAUCGAGUUGCCGCAGCUGCAGUUGGUCAAGAAUAAUACUGCAGACUGCACGCAGGUCUAUUCGACCGGAAACUUUACCUGCCUAGAAGUUAUUUUCAUCCUAAAAAGACGUCUCGGCUACUAUCUUUUCCACACCUAUGUCCCAACCUGCCUGAUCGUCAUAAUGUCUUGGGUCUCAUUCUGGAUCAAGCCUGAGGCAGCCCCCGCGCGCGUGACUCUAGGAGUGACCUCUCUGCUGACCCUUUCAACGCAACAUGCAAAAUCGCAGGCCUCUCUGCCACCAGUCUCGUAUCUUAAGGCCGUGGAUGCCUUCAUGUCCGUCUGCACUAUCUUUGUAUUCAUGGCACUGAUGGAGUAUUGCUUGGUGAACAUAGUGCUCGGCGACAACGACGCUCCCAAACCGGCGGCGCCCAAGCCUGAGCCAGACAAGGUAUUUGAAUUAGCAGCCAAGGAGAACGCCCGUAUCCUAACUGGACAACCGCCAGGUAUACCCAAGCUGACCCAUGCCCAGAAGUGCAAGCUGCGAGCCCUUAAUAUCGACCGCUGCUCGCGUGUUGGAUUCCCGCUGCUCUUCUUCCUUCUCAAUGCCAGCUACUGGAUUCUCUUCUACGAGUUCCUUUAAAUAAGUAAUAAGUCGCAUUUCAAAUAAAUCCUUAUAAUUGCAUGGGUUGAAAGGAGGAUAGUUGCUGGGAAUUUGAAGGAUGAUCUAACAAUAAUAUUCUUUGAGAAAGUCCGUGAAAUAAAUUUGAUCAGAUUAUUUAAUUGAAAAUGAGUUUAUCAAUAUACAAGAUAUAUUUUAUUAUUUUCAAUAUAUUUAUUUUAUUUGCGACGUAUUACUUUUUACAAUAGAGGGAUGAUUUGAUUCGUGUAUAUGUGUGCGUGAGCCUGAGCGCGUGGUUUUUUUAAUUAAAAGCUCGGCAGUUACUGAUAUUUUACAAAAGAAUCAACGAUUCAAAAAAACCCUUUUUGGAAUUGUUGAUUCUUUUUUACUUUGCAGGAAAAAUAUAUCCUACAUCCUGCUCAUGUAUUUGAUAUUGAGAUUUUUUUCUGAAAAAGGAAAUAAAGUAAUUAAAUAAUUACUAUUGUAAUGUACUAAUGUAAUCGAAAGUUUUAUUUUAUGUAAAAUCUUAUUCAUUCUGCUACAAACAACUAGAAAUUAAUCCAGUUUUUGAAAAUGUAUUCUAAAACAGUCAUCAACAUAUAUGCGGUCAACAUUUAUUUAUUUCAUUGGGAAUCUUCACAAUUAAUUCUGUAGCAAAAAACAAUAAUUAAAUUACAGUAUGCAACUAGAUUUUCAUGGAAUUGUAAUACCUUUCUGAUACCAUUUCUGCUCAUUUUUUUUCAAUUCAAUUUUUUUUCAUGUAUGACUUGAGUAGAAUAAACAACAAUAAAGAGUGAUUUUUUAUUGUGGCCCUAGAUUAUGUUCAGCAGGCAAUGCUUUUAUUUUGCAUCUUGACCAAGAGACUCUAGUCAAGUAAUGGCUCGCGUCUUGUUCAAGUAAAAGACGCAUAUCAUAAAAGGGGUUUUGAUCAAGACGCAACCUGAACAAUCGUAAAAAUUGAUGCUUGAUUUUUAAUAAAGAUCAACCCAAAAGCACAAAAUAAAAGAUAAAAAAAUUGGUACUUUCAUCUGCAAAAACAGAAUAAAAGGAAAGCUGGAGAGCGACUGACUGCUCUGCGGCAGCAGCGGGGUUUUUAUACCCGCUGCGGCCGCCCAGCAUUCGCGCGAUGGCACGUCAUUGGCUGUUACUCGUCACGUGAUCUUGUCUCUCACCCCAGAGACUUAAGAAGCCUCUACAGAUCUUGCCUUUGAAUUAAAUUUAUAAUAUGUCAUUGGUUGUUACUUAUGCACAUUUCAAGUCUCUUGCACUCCCUAACUUUUUAUGGCUCCUAAUAACACAUAAUUAGAGGGGAGGUGAUUUUUUUCUUUUUUUCAAGUCAAAUCAAACCGUUACCGCUGCUGCCGCUGAUCAGACAGUCGCUCUCGUGAAACACUCCUGUCCUAGCCAGUAGUGCUUGGCAAAUUGUAAAUUUUUUACAAAGUUUCAUUGCAUUUGAAUUAAAUUUAUAAUAUAUCAUUGGUUGUUACUUAUGCACAUUUCAAGUCUCUUGCACUCCCUAACUUUUUAUGGCUCCUAAUAACACAUAAUUAGAGGGGAGGUGAUUUUUUUCUUUUUUUCAAGUCAAAUCAAACCGUUACCGCUGCUGCCGCUGAUCAGACAGUCGCUCUCGUGAAACACUCCUGUCCUAGCCAGUAGUGCUUGGCAAAUUGUAAAUUUUUUACAAAGUUUCAUUGCAUUUGAAUUAAAUUUAUAAUAUAUCAUUGGUUGUUACUUAUGCACAUUACAUUAGAUUAGAUUAAAAUUUAUUGCAUUAGACAUAUAUAGCACAUCUCCAAUUUUUUGCCUUUACAACAGGUCAUUAUGAUUAUAAUAAAUAGGUUUAAUCAAUCAACUAAUCAAUAUCAAGUGUCGCACGCCAUUAGUUUCUCGACGGGGGUGGGCAAGCCUUUAACUAACCCUCCUCAAAUACUGCAGGGGAAAACCACCCCCGAAAACCCUGCAGCUGAGUCUCACUCUUCCAAAUUUAGGCAUUCAAAUUUACAUGUCCAAUAUUCAUUCAUAUAUCAUAGAGUUGACACUUCAGCAUUGACACUUUUAACAAAGUUGCCAUAGUCAGCUAUUUCUUUCAAUACAUUGGGUAAUUUGUUGUAUACUCGUGCUAUCAUUAUCUCAGGACUUUCAUUCACACAAUUUAGUGAGCUUGGCCUUACAAAUAAAUCUGUUUCAACAUAUGCAGUAGCACGCGUAGUUCGCACUACAACACCUGGAACAUCACGAUUCAUUUUAAACUUUUCAGGAAAUUUACGCACAAACUUAACACACUCCAAUAUGAAUAGACAGUAAGAACUCCAAAUUUCACAAAUAGUGGUCUGCAUGAGUCUAGAGCCGAGUUACUUCUCCAAUAUUGAACGCCAGCCAUCGCUCUUAUUACUCUUUUCUGCGCAAGAAAAACAUCUUUCAUAUGUGUAGAACACAUUUCUAGUCUGUCGCACUCCCUUAAGCGCGGAUCUUUUUAUGGAACUGUUUAUGCUUUAAUUGGUGCGGCGAGGUUGGCUGCAUCUUGCAUGGAUAAAUUUUGUAUUGAUAAUUACGUUUAAAUUCGUAAUUUUGCGUUUCCAGCACCCUAAUGCGGCUUUAUUUUCUGACUCGCCCCCUAUUUUUGUGAAUGGCUAAUCCAUUUUUGUUGCCCUAAUGACAUAAUUUCUUGGAUUGUAUAUCAUGGAAAAUUUAAAGUGGACUGAGCAUGCGCGGAUUAUGUUGUGGGCAAGUUGCAUAGUGCUGUUUUUCUUGUGAAUAAUUUGUUGAAAUUGGUUAAUGCUAAGCACUUGCCCAUGUUUUAUAAUGCAUAAUGUAUAAAUGUACACAGUUAUGCAGUAGGGCAUUGUUUUUUGGGGUGGAUCAGAGCUGGCAAGAGUGUUUUCGGCACAAAAGCGCCUUUGCAAUGGUCGGUGAACAGUAUAUUGGCCUGGCCCAACGCCAGUUUGUUCGGCGCGGCCUCUCUUCAGGAAAUUAAAUUUUUUGCCCUUGUUUUCGAUUCAUUUAGCAGAAGGCCUGCAAAUUUGUGCGUCCAUACCCUGAGGAUUUUGUGAAAACGCGAGAUGUUGUAUGUGCCUAUUUCGGUCCAGACGUGUCUAUUUCUAGGAAAAUCCGCUCCUUUGCAUGUCGCGCUUGUGUAAUAAAUUACAUAUUAGAUUGGAGUUAAGAUUUCCUCAGUUUGUGGGCUUGUUAAAGAAAUUUGUUACUUCCCACGAGUAGUAAUACACUAAAGAGGAGUAUGUAAAAUACAAAAAGUGCUUGUAAAUGAGUAAAUUUCUUUUUUUCUCUGAUCUUUGUUUCAUUUGACAAAAUUGUAAGUGAGUGGGUCACACGGGAGAUAUUAUAUGUGAAUACAUUCCAUGAUGUAUAAGAUGUAUGAAUAAUUUUCCUUCGCAAAAUUAAAAACGAAAAUAAAAUACCGUAUUAUGAUGAUUUUUGUU